GAAUACGAAAGAUCUCUCUGAGAAGAAUUUAACGAAACUCGCUGUUUCGAAUUCAAUUGAAACUCGAACCGUUUCUUUGAGGAAGAAGAUGAAGCCGCGCUUCACCUUCUUCUUCGUUAUCUUCUGUUAAUUCCAAUGGCUUCAUCAUCCCAACGACGCUGCGUUUUUGUUGGGAACAUUCCUUACGACGCGACCGAGGAACAACUUAGAGAAAUUUGUGGAGAGGUUGGACCUGUUGUCUCGUUUAGAUUAGUUACGGAUAGAGAAACUGGUAAACCAAAAGGCUACGGAUUUUGUGAGUAUAAAGACGAAGAAACAGCAUUGAGUGCUCGUCGUAAUCUUCAGAGUUAUGAAAUCAAUGGUCGUCAAUUAAGAGUUGAUUUUGCUGAGAAUGACAAAGGCACUGACAAAACCCGUGAUCAGGGUCAAGGAGGACCUGGUUUGCCUUCUACUUCUGAGUCUCAGAAGCAGAUUGGAGGGCCUGGAGAUACAAAUAUGCACCAGCCAGUUGGUCUCAAUGUUGCUAUAACAGCUGCAUCUGUUAUGGCGGGUGCGCUAGGUGGUCCUCAGGUCGGUUCGCAGUUUACACAAAGUAAUCUGCAGGUUCCAGCUAGUGAUCCCCUGACUCUCCAUCUUGCCAAGAUGUCUAGAAGUCAGCUUACUGAAAUUAUAUCGUCCAUUAAGUUAAUGGCUACACAGAAUAAGGAACAAGCUCGACAGUUGUUGGUUUCAAGACCUCAGUUGUUAAAAGCUGUUUUCCUGGCGCAGAUAAUGCUUGGGAUUGUGAGUUCGCAAGUCUUGCAGUCGCCAAAUAUUGUUCAGGCCCCAAGUCAUAUGACAGGGUCUUCAAUUCAAGACACACAAUUAUCUGGUCAAAAUCUUUUACCGCCACUGGCACAAAGGUCGCAGCAGCUAAGUCGUGCUCCCCAUAGUCAGUAUCCUGUUCAACAAUCUUCUAAACAACCUUUUAGUCAGGUUCCACAACUAGUAGCACAGCCAGGUCCUUCUUCUGUGAAUCCUCCUCCUAGAUCCCAAGUUAAAGUCGAAACAGCUCCAUUCCAACGCCAGCAAGUGGUUCCAGCUUCCACCAACAUAGGUUACAGUAGUCAGACUUCAGUUCCGAAUAAUGCUAUCCAGCCAUCUCAAGUACCCCACCCAGCAUUAACAAAUUCUGUGAUGCAGCAAGGUGGGCAAACGGUAUCAUUAAAUUAUGGCAAAAGAAUAAACGAGGGUCCUCCUCAUCAAUCAAUGAACAGACCAUCAAAGAUGAUGAAAGUGGAUGAUAGGAGAACCACUUCACACCCCGGAGGUCAUGCGUCUAAUUCAACGCAUCCGAAUCAAGUACAAGCUCCCCAGACACGUAUCUCCCCCGAUGUCCAGUCAACAUUGCUCCAACAAGUAAUGAACCUUACGCCAGAACAGCUGAGAUUGCUGACUCCAGAGCAACAGCAAGAGGUCUUAAAGCUGCAACAAGCGCUCAAGCAAGACCACAUGAUGCAGCCUUCAUAGCAUUGCGGGGAAAGCAACUCGGUUGGUCGAUUUCAUUGCAUAGAUCAAAAAGGAUCUUUUUCGCAUACAAAUCACCAUAGAAAGAAGAAGGCUCUCUCACCUGAAUUGAGGCGAGUGAUUGUACGAUUAGGGUAGCAUUUAUUUGUGCUGAGUUUGUCUUAUAGAAGAACCAUUCAGCCAUCAAAAUAUAAAAGGAAAGAGAAAGU